AUGGAGCCGCCAUCCAACAGCCAGACUGAAUCAGCCGCUGGCUCGCCGUCAAUUUCGGAAGAGACAAAGCGAAAGCAUAGGAAGCGAAGGAAUGGACGCACAAGGGUUUCAAAGGCAUGUGCCAACUGCGCUCGUCGAAAGGUGAAAUGCGAUGGGGCCAUUCCCUGUAUGCCAUGCUUGCUUCGAAGCAAAAGCUGCCAGGCAAAGCCAGUCGGUGAUAAACGAGGACACGAGCAAAUUGGUGCAAAUUCAGGAAUAAUUUGGGCAAAAAGGUUCGCAUCACAAUGCACAGACAGCCAUUACGAUCACUGUGGGCAGCCGCUGUCCCCUGCCUCGACGGCACCAUCACGACCGCAAUCCACCCUUCCAGGGGAGGCAUAUGACGAAAAUGUCCGUCUAAAUGCAUUUCUCGACUCUGAAUCAUCUCUUGCCAGUCGCGACGAAUGGAACAGCUGGUUAGAGGCUUUCUGUCGAGAAGUCCACCCACAGUAUCCGUUCUUGCACCUUCCGACAUUAAAGUAUUUAUACACACAACUGCCAGAUCCUUCAGGUCUGUCUGGCGAGCAUGUCUUUCAAAAUGAAGAGCAGCGUUGCCAGGUGUCGCUGGUGCUUGUCUGUCUGGCGAUUGGGUGUUACUGCAAAAGUUCUUAUUCGAGCAAUUUCAAGGGUUCCUGUCCUGGCGGCUGGGGCAUCUAUUCAACCGCCAUUGAUGUCUACGGCAACAUGAUGAAAACCGCAACAAAUCCUUCGACGGGGCUACUUUUUACGCAAACGAUUGUGCUCAUGCUGCUCAGUUUGGCCAUUUCACAACUACACUGUCAGGGCUGCCAUCAACGCGAUACUUUGAGCAGCAUCCCAGUUGUCAGAGGCGAGUUCAUGCGGCGUUUGUGGUGUUCAGUCUAUGCCUUGGAUCGAGAACUGAGCAUCCAAACAGAAGACGAGUUCAUGAUCAAGGACAUCAAUGUCGACUUUGCUCUUCCAAUGAACCUGGGUGAUACAUGGAUGACCAUUCACUAUGAUGACAACAGAAGCUCUUCAGACCUCGCUGAUCUAAUUCAAAAUGAGAUAUUGAAAAGGCCUACAAUGGAAAUACCGUGCCUCAGGGAAACGACAUGCUAUGCAAGAGCAGCUAGCAAGACCCGGGAGAUGCUGUGUGACAAGGACACGAAUAAUCAUCAUGAGAACAGUCCAUUGUUGAUUGAGAGCCUAGAGCGCUAUAUCUCAGGGGCGUUCCGGACGAUUGUGUUGGCAUUCCACGCAGAAAAUUGUCAAGCCAGCCAGCCUUCAACGGAGAAACAAGAAAUUGAAAAGAAGGGAUGGUCACUGAGAACAAUUAGAUGGGGCUACUUGCGUCUCCUGAUCAGUCUCAAGGCGCUCAAACGAUCGAAAGAGUCAGACCUCCCUGACAGUCAAGCAAGUCGGUUUACCUGUCUGCAUCUGAUUGAGGAGAUUCUCUUGGCUCUCAAUUCACUGCCACAUGAGUUUCCAAAGUAUACAUUUCCCAUCCUCCACUAUUGGAAUAGUGUGGUGAGCAUUGGACUCGAGAUGGUUGCUGAAGAACCCUUGCUUCGCCAAUUCUAUGGCGGAACAAUACUCGAAGCCGUCAUCUCCCUCCGCGAAUUUUAUUCAAAAACAUGGCUGUCGAGCCAGAUGAGCCAAAACAUCCUCCGUAUGAGCUAUGCCGCCCGCUCAAUUUUUGCCGACGAAAUCGCUGAACGCGAGGGUUUUCUGGAUCAACCCCGAGGCCUCUCAAGUCAAAGGAACAUGACCGCAGGGUUGAAGAAAGUACCAUUCACCACGAGCACGCUCUCUCCAGAAUCAGCAAUGAAUAACUCGUUGGAUGAGACCUUUGGAUUAUCCAGCACUACUGGAGCACCUGGGGAUGUGUCUAUCGAUCAGACAACCGGAAAUCAUGGUAGAACAACCGCCAACCACAGCCAAGAACAGAAUCUUUCCCAUAUAUCACCGGAACUGUAUAUUGAAAACUCCAAUGGCCAAGCUUCCUUCCAUUCCCAGGGAGCUCCUGGCGUGCCGGAAACCAACAAUCCUCACCAUGCAGAAAGUGACCCGCACAUUCUCUACGCAAAUGGUCACUUGGGCAGCCAAGAAGCCAGCAUUGUCCAUGACGAACUCAACAGCCAACAGCUUUAUACCAAUCCCGAUUCACCCGUCGCUCAGGACACAUCCGGGCCAGGCAUUCCUUUGAAUCUUUCCAAUUCUCUCGAUGUUCACAAUCGUCCUGACCGCUUUGGUUCCACCUUGGCAAACGAAACAACGCAAACCAUCAUGUCGGACAGUCACAUCUCACCUGGUGAUCAAUCAUUCGAGCCUUGUGAUUCUGGCUUAUCAAAUGCCCUGGAUUGUGGCAUUCCCGAGCUUGGACUAGACGAGAACCACCUCUUCACGCUUUCAGAUGCUGGAUUGAGCCCGUUGUAG